AUGGUUUUCGAAUCUAUCGUCACCGAAUUAUUAAACAAGGUCUUGGGGGAGUAUAUUGAAAAUUUGGACUGCACACAAUUGAAAUUGAGCUUAUGGGGAGGCGAUGUAGUCCUAACUGAUCUUUUAAUAAAAGAAUCCGCCUUGGAUAUGCUGGAUUUGCCUAUUAAAUUGGAGUAUGGACGACUAGGAAAAUUAAUACUAAAAAUUCCAUUCAAGGAUAUGUGGAAUGGUCAGAUCGAUGCAAUUGUUGAAGAAUUAUUUCUAUUGAUCGUUCCAACAAAUCAAAUAAAGUAUGAUCCAGAGAAGGAAGCAAAGGCAGAGUUGGAGGCAAAACGUGCAGAACUUGCCAGAGUGGAGAAGAGUAAACAGAUGGCGGAUACUAAGUCUCAAGAAAAAGUGGAUGACUCUAUGAUGGAAAAACUUAUCGCACGCAUGAUAAAGAAUAUUCAUGUAGAGGUUAAAAGAAUUCAUGUACGAUACGAGGACCAUGUGACGUUAAAAGACUUUCCGUUCUCUGUCGGAUUUACGCUCAAUUGUUUUGCUUUACAAAGUUGUACCGAUACAUGGACAACCACUGGUAAUUUGAAAGAUAUGUAUGCCAUACAACAAAUCUUUAAACUAUGCACAAUGGAUGGUUUUGCAGUUUAUCUUAACUCGAGUAUUUUACAAUUCAGUAAUGAACCGGAAACCAAGUACUUGCACCUUUUCUCCGAGGGCAUUGCAACUAUAGACUAUGUACCUGAAAAUUACCAGUAUUUACUGGGUCCUAUAAAUGUAAAGGCAAAACUAAAAUUAAAUCCUAAGCCAGAAACUGAUGGGAGUAACUAUACAAUUCCGAAGGUUUGGUUGGAUUUAGAGAUGCAAUGGUUAAGAAUAGGACUAACAAAAUGCCAGUAUCAAACAUUAGUUCAAAUGGGUGAAGGAUUGGGACAAGCUCAGAAAGCCGCUCCGUACAGAAAAUACAGACCCAAUGUACCUUGCUAUCGUGGCUAUUAUAAAGAGUGGUGGCAUUUCGCAUAUAAAUGUGUUUUAGAAGAAACAGUGAGGAGGUGCCAAAGGAAUUGGGAUUGGAAUCAUAUGAAAGAACAUAGAGAUACUUGUCGAGAUUAUGCUAAAGUGUACCAUUCUAAGUUAACAACUAAGAAAGUAACGCAAGAUAUAGAUACGCGUCUUACGGAAUGUGAAAAGAAACUGGACAUAUUUAAUUUAGUAAUCAUUCGCCAACAAAUUGAAAUGGAGGUGGAAAGACUUGCAGAGAAAGAGAAGAAUUUAAAGGCAAAACGUGGCUGGUUUGAUUUCUUGUGGAGUUCUCCACCAACCGAAGAGGCAGAAGACCUCAAUUCUGCUGCAGCAAUUAUGCGAAAAUUCGAAGAGGCGAUGACACCACAAGAAAAAGAAAAAUUAUACCGUGCUAUUGACUAUCAGGAAAACUCUGCACCAGCUCAUUAUCCGGAGACAUUUGUAAUGGUAGAUACUGGUUUCUUUUUACAUGGGCUCCAAGUUAUUCUCUCGGAUACUGACAAAGAACAUCCGCAAGUUUUAAAUCUAGAAUGUAGUGGCGUUCGAGUUGAGUUUAAAUCAAGACCUUCUGCUAAUGCAUUAUUGGCUUCUGCUUCGAUCAGUGACCUAAAACUUCUCGGUGUUAAACAUGAAGAAAAGAUACCUUCGCUGUUUAGUUCAAAUAGUGGUAGUUCAGAUGGUGUUCUCUUUGCUGUGUCGUAUGAGAAGAAUCCUUUAGACAAGUCAUGUGGAGAUCGUGUUAUAGUUAAUUCUAAAUCGGUCCAAAUUGUUUACGAUGCACAAACUAUAAUCGAACUGGUUAAUCUCUUUAAAAUCCAAAAUGCAUCAACCUUAAAUCAAAUACAAGCUGCCGCUGCAGAAAGACUAGAAGGUUUGAAAGAAAUGUCAGCCUUAGGUUUAGAGUAUGCUAUUCAGAAGCACUCCGUAUUGGAUAUUCAGGUCGAUCUUCAAGCAUCCCAAUUAAUUCUGCCACAUAAUGGUUUCUACAACGGCACGGAGUCAUUAUUUGUAAUAAAUUUGGGCAGUUUAAAAAUCCAUUCAUUGCAAAAAGAAAAAGACGAUAAGGCUGGCGUUACAGUUAAGGAAUUGGUCAGCAUGGGGAAAUCGGAAGAAGACAUUUUACUGCAUCUUAGACAAUACAGUUAUGAUAGAUUCGUAUUGAAGAUAGUAAACUUUCAGGCACUUGUAUCAUUUGCGAACGAAGAUUGGCGAAGUGCACUUUCCGAUUUUGCUAGUCCAAUGACGAUUCUACAUCCUACAACUUUGGAAGUCCAAUUCCAUAAAUGUUUAGUUAUGGAUGAUCCCAUUCUACCCAAAAUGAGAUUGAUUGGACAAUUACCGUCAGUAACUAUUGAUGUUUCAGAUGUUCGGAUACUAGAGGCUAUCUCUAUCGCGAAUAGUAUACCGUUUCCCGAGGAAGACAAAGUCCAAGAAACUCAGCGAUUGUCACUGGCGAAGUCGGUAUCCCAGCUGUCAUUGUAUAAAGAAUUAACUAAUAUGGUCGACAAGAAGGCACCGGAACCAUCAACUGCAGUCAAACAAACUACCGACUUGGAAGCGAAAUUCGUAAUGAAAGAGUUCACUCUAUCUAUAUCUAGACAGGGGAAAUCAGCGGCAUCUCCGUUUUUGAAAGUCGAAGUGCUCCAACUGGAAGCCGAAAUGUUACAGCGAACCUAUGAUCAAGAAAUUAUGUUACGAUUAGGUGGUAUUCAAGUUAAACAGUAUCACGGCAAAGGAGACAUAUUCAUGAUUAAUACUCCAAUGACCACUGGUAGCGAAGAAUACCUCAUUAUCGUUCAGUAUACCAAUGUCAGCAAACAUUCACCAGAAUUCGUGACAAGACAUGGUUCUAUCGUUAAACUACUGCAGCUUGAAUUCACGAAACUUGACGUCUUGCUUCAUCAAGAAGCUCUUAUCAAUGUCCUUAAGUUUGUGUCAGAUUUCCAGGAUAAAAUGAGCGCUUAUACUCCUGAGAUCCAUCAAUCCGAGCAACGCCGUACAAGUCAUUUGGCUACCAUUCAUGAAGACACUCCCACGUUUUUCAAAGAACAUAUCCAAAAGCAAAGGCACAAGACUUCUGCGACACGGCGCAAGAAAACAGUAGUGGAGUUUAUUGACUUGAAGGUCCAAGCCAAAAUUGGAACCAUCAGUCUCAAAAUGUCAAGUGACGUCAGGGAUAUCAGUUCUUUCUUCAUCGAAGGGAUGGCUGCUGGAUAUAUAAUGAAGGCUUCGUAUUCUCAAGCGAAUGUUAAGCUUGCUUCCGUCAAUAUUAAAGACCUCAACGUCAUGUCUGCAUAUAAAAACAUCGUUUCCGUAGAAGGAUCGGAAUCUCUUCAAAUUCAAGCUGUCAUUUAUAACAUUGAACCAGAGGAAGUCGACAAAAAUAAUAUGUCCAUUAAAAUUAAUAUGGGCUGCCAUCGAGUCGUGUUCUUAAAUUCUUUCGUUACAGCAGUAAUGGGUUUCUUGAAUAAUUUCCAAACCGCUCAACAAGCAAUAAAGGAGGCAUCGGCAGCUGCAGCGGAAGCUGCUAAAACAAACAUCAAGGAUGUUCAAGAGAGUGCCACUCGGAUAGAAUUGACUGUCAAAAUCAAGGCUCCCGUUAUAUAUGUACCCAUGAAUUCGAGGAGUGAACACUGUUUAAUGAUGGAUAUGGGUAAUUUAACCGUAUGUAAUAUUUUGAAAAAAUUGGACGUUACCAAUGAAGCGGGAGAUUACCCUGUAGUCGAUGAAAUGAAAAUCGAAUUGCAAAAUAUGAAGCUGUCUCGAGUGCGCUUGAACAAAGAUAGUUUCGUCCCUGAAAAUGAGGUAUUAUUGUUGGAGCCUGUUACUUUUAUGCUGCUCGUGAAACGAAACUUGUCCACGGCUUGGUUUACGUCCAUUCCGGACAUUGAAUUAUUUGGCAGGCUGAAAAAAAUUGAGUUGUUACUCAGCCAAGAAGAUUACGCGAUGAUCAUGAAAGUCCUCAAUGAGAAUCUUAGUGAAAGUAUCGACGACUCCCCACCGUCAAGAGCAGUUGUUCAAAAGGAUAGAAAAGUAGCAGUGGAUUUACACAAAUCAAGGACGCGAAAACUUGAGCUGGAAGCUAUCAAAGAAUCCGAAACGUUGGACUUGCAAGCACAGAAACAAAUACAUACUAGCAUGAAAUUUGAAUUCAUUAUGGAUAGUUUUGUUAUAAACUUAUUCACGGGAGGUUCAAAGCUGUUACAGUCGGAUAGCUCGCCCCUGCAUUUGCCUGAAAAUGGACUGGCAAAGUUCAGUUUAUCGCAUUUAGCACUUAAAGGCCGAAUGUUUGACGACGGAUUAAUGGCUACAUCAAUUCUUCUUAUGAACUGCACUUUAGAUGAUACUCGGCAUAAUAGAAAAGGCUCUUUAAUAAGAAUUAUGGAACGAACGACGGAAGUACCUAGUAUAGAUGAUUUAAGCUUAGAAGGAGAUGUAAAACCUGUAAGAAGUAUGAUUGAUGUUACCGUUAGACAUGGACCACAGGACAUGUUCGUUGAUGUCCGAGUUUUCUCGUUCAGUAUAAUCGUUUCCCUCGAUUAUUUGAUGAAAAUAAAGGACUUCUUCAACGUGGAAGAAGCAAAUCAAUCGCCUUCACAAAUUUCACAAAAAGGCUCCGAAGUGACGAAUAAGAAAAAAGGUCAAUCAUCCGUACCACCAAUGUUGACCAUUAAUUUGCACAUCGAAAAACCAGAUAUCAUUCUUUUGGAAAAUAUGGAUGACAUCGAUUCAAAUUGCAUCGUAUUAAAUACUGAAUUAAUAUUAAAAGUACGACUGAUAGGCGAGCACCAGGUCAUAAAUGGUUCCAUUAAGGAUGUUUCUCUUUCUACUGGUAUCUAUAAUCCGGAGAAAAGAUCCGACUUCAUAUACCAAGUAUUGAAACCUUGCAGCAUUAGCGUAGCAGGUUCUACGCCCGAAGGAAAAGGUUUACAUAUAGACGUUUGUUGUACCGACAUACAUAUAUCGGUUUCACCAGGAGUCAUUGAAAUACUGAAUAACGUCGUUCAGACAAUUACCAAGACUGAAGCAGAGGACAGCGAAGUAGCUAAGCCCGAACCAAAUUAUGAAGGACUUUGGAUAGUCACUCCCUUCGACGAGCACGACUAUUGGUUUUUAAAGACAGAUAUAUUCACAGAGGUAGCGAUGGAGGUGUUCGAAGACUUUUGUGCAUCGGACGAGGAAGACACUGCGGUAUACAAACCAGAACUUGCUAUAAUAUCUGCACCUACAAUUUUAUUAACAUUGGAAGCUGGUAUCGGUAAUAAAACUCUACCUAUGCUUCUGUUCCACAUGGGCCUAGAAAGUAAUGUCAACGAUUGGAGCACGAAAACUAUGAAUAUUGAUUGUACUACUUCCAUUAUUAUGGCGUAUUAUAACAGUCGUUUGGCUUUAUGGGAACCAUUAAUCGAACCUGUAGAGGCAGCAAAAGGUGAUCUACGUGGUUCGACUUCAUGGGAAUUAAAAACUAAGAUUCAAUUCAACGAUUUAUCGUCUAGUUAUAAAGCCGCAAAUGUAAUCAGUCCAAGUAGUGAAAGCGAUCCUGACGAUUUGCACCAAACAGCGAAAAUGUCUAUUGACGUUAUAUCCCGUGAAAACUUGGAAAUUACGGUAACAAAGACAUGUCUAGAUGUGCUGCACCAAUUAGGAAAUGCAUUCUCUAGUGCCAUGAAGACAAGUGGCAAAGGACCAAGUAAAAAGAUAGCACCUUACUUGCUUAAAAAUGAAACCGGACUGCCGAUAUUACUCAAUUUGGAGAAUAGUUCCUUUAAGGUACUGAACAGUGGUCUAGAGAUAACAAGUGAGAGCAGUACUAGCUCCUAUGCGGAAGUUAUUUUAGAAACUGGAGCAUCCGUAGAACUAGCACCGAGAGCUAUGGAAGUGGAGACAAAACUGCUGGAACAACUGAAGUCUGAAACUGUCAAAGAUAGAAACCACAGUAAAUUUGUUAUUUCGUUCAGAGGGAUUUCUGGCUCUUUGGAGAUCCCAGUGCUUAGAGCAGACAAGAGAUUUUUCUCAUUGAAGUAUCGUAAGGAGGGUUCCGAAGAGUGGGGAAUCAUAUCAGAUGUAGCAGUCGAAGAGGGUUGCACUAUUGUUACCCUCAGAAGUGUUUUACAGAUCCAUAAUCAUUUUCACGAAACGGUAUCAGUCUAUUACAUGACGAAGCGUGGCAACGAAGUAGAAUGCAUUGGUACUGUUGGCCCCGAUGAACGUCUAAACCUCCCCCUGGAUGCUGUUUAUACCCCGACUAACAUUUAUUGGCUAUUCUUUAGUGUUAAUGGUUAUAUGGUAUCGAUAGAACCAUUCGUUUGGAAGGAUUUGCAGAAAACCAUUUCCAUGACGAAGCUACUAAAAUGCGAAUCUCGGUCGAAACAUGAUGCAGUCGAGCCGUUUUAUAUUAAGGCCGUAGGAGAAAUCGAGCAAGUGUACUUUGAAAAUACUAACAGGCAUACAAUGGCCAGUACGAUCUAUAAUAUUCACCUAUACCCAUCCGUGUACUUGAAGAACUUUUUGCCCAUUGACAUUGUCAUUUGUUUGCCUGGCAUCACCGAAGAACAGGUUCUGAAAGCAAGUACUACUUUGCAAAUCCCUACGAUAGAUCCAGGAAGGUCCAGUAUCAUUAUAAAGUUGCCUCAAUACUUGGAGAAGGAUUGGUCCUGUAAAGGUGAAAUUGUAGCGAACCCUCCAGAAUUUUCUGUCUGGUCCUUCGAGUCUUUCGAUAGCUCCCAGAGGGUUAUCAUGGAUCUUGGAAUGCACACGUCAUUCAAGCACAGCUCCGUUGUCAUGGCUCUUUACUGUCCCUUUUGGAUGCUGAAUAAGACUGGUUUGAUGUUAUCAUACAGAAAAUCAAGUAAAGCUGGCAAAGAACACUCGAGCCCAGUCAAGAACUUGGUUUGCCAUUUAAAUCCCCGCCGACCACGUGGACAGUACGGGAAGAAGAAAGGACAUUCGACUAAUGAUUACUUAAACGUCAUCUACCAUCCGGAAACCUUCAAAGGGCCAAUAUUAUUUUCUUUCCGUUCUAAAGCAUUCUUUGGAAAGAAAAAGGCUAUGAUAAGAGUCGAAGAUGGAGAAUGGUCUGAUAAAUUUUCUAUAGAUGUCGCAGGAAGCAAAGGAGUUGUAGCCUGUAAAUAUAAUGGAAUGAUAUACCAGAUCGGGGUGCACAAUCAAUUAACCUAUAAUUCACUGACGAAGCAGAUCACGUUUACUCCUUACUUCAUUCUUAUAAAUACUGCUGAUUUCCUACUUGAAUGUCAGGAAGCCGAUAGACCAGCAGAUCCUAUAAUCAAGAUACCACCUGGAGAAUGCACAGCAUUUUGGCCUCGUUCGGAGCACGAGGAGAAAGCUCUGCAAGCUAAAGUUGGAGGACAUCCGGAAAAAACAGCAUCUUUCGUUUACACCCAUGUCCACACAACUUUACUGAGACUAGAUAACAAGUACGGAGGCAUCAACAUAGACAUACAAAUUAACGAGGGCGGAAUUUACAUCUCUCUGUCGGGUUACACUCCAGGAAAUGCUCCUUCGUUGAUCAUAAACCAUACUUCGCAAACUAUGCACUUAUGGGAAAAGGGAUCCCUUAAUGUGAGGGCGGUUCAACCCUACAAUCGAAUGUUCUAUACUUGGGAAAAUCCAUCGGGACCAAGAAAGUUGGUAUGGGAGGAUAACAGUAAAAGAGAAAUAGAAGACACCUUGAAAAAGGACAAUCUAGGCGCCUUCAAACUCCCUGAUACGGACGAAGACGUCUAUCACGUAUCUUUCCUUGACGGAACUCAGCGAAUUCUAUUGUUCACUACGAAUCUGAAGACUGCGGAGGACUGCCAACUAGUAGGUGAUCUAGAAGCUAUCGAACAAGAAAUCACCCUUAGUAUUCACGGUGUUGGCUUAUCUCUUGUCAAUAACGUCAAUCGAGUGGAAUUAUUGUACAUGAGCAUUGCAAGUUCAGGAAUUAUUUGGGAGACUCGUAAAAAUGUCGGAAAUCCAUGGCGGGCCUUAAGUGCUAGGGAAGUGAAUCUUAUCGAGGAAGGCUAUCAAAAAUACAUGUGCGAAGUGCAAGUUGGAAACGAACCUGGUUUCCGAGUGAUGCUCGAGCCAAAAUUAGUGGUGAAUUACCUUAAUAUGGAAAUGAUAAGGCCCCAUCGACGUUACAUGAGGCGCACUUUCCAAACGGGAUUAUGGGUCCAGUAUCGAACGUCGGUACAUCAAGUACAAUUACACGCAAAAAUCAAUCGACUCCAAAUUGACAAUCAGUUACCAGAAUGCGUCUUCCCUGUUAUCCUAGCCUCGGUUCCUCCACCGAAGAGCAUGGUCCAGAGUAUCGUGACAAAACCCUUUGCCGAACUUAGCAUGGUUAAGCGAUUACUGGAACACAGCAACGUGCAACAAUUUCGUUACUUCAAAGUCCUCAUACAAGAGUUCCACGUGAAGGUGGACAUUGCAUUUUUAAACGCGAUCAUUGGAUUCUUUGAGGCUGAUGAAGUCAACGAAGCCGAAGAAAGCAAGUUGUUCCAGACUGAUAUGAAACUCGUAGAUGAACCUCUCAUGUUCCACGUGGACCAAGUAAGAACGGCUGAACAGAAGAAUUUCUUUGACUUGUUACAUUUCUCUCCUCUCAAGAUCCACAUAAGCUUUUCGAUGACUGGAAGUGGCGGUGGACCGUCCGCGGUUCCUCAGGUUCUAAAUGUAUUGUUGCAAGGAAUCGGCGUAACAUUGACCGACAUUAACGACAUCGUGUUCAAAUUAGCGUAUUUCGAGAGAGAGUACGUCUUCAUGACCCAUAAACAGCUGAUCUCGGAAGCAACCAAUCACUACGUUGGACAAGCAAUUAAACAACUUUACGUUCUCGUCCUGGGACUCGAUGUCAUUGGCAAUCCGUACGGACUUGUGGUAGGCACUAUGAAAGGUAUAGAAGAUUUGUUCUAUGAGCCUUUUCAAGGAGCUAUCCAAGGUCCUGGGGAAUUUGCCGAAGGCUUACUUCUUGGAGUCAGAAGUAUGUUGGGCCACACUGUGGGAGGAAUGGCAGGAGCUGUUUCGAAAAUUACUGGAGCUAUGGGAAAAGGAUUAGCUGCCCUCACGUUUGAUAAGGAUUAUCAGCGGAAGAGGCAAGAACAGUUGAAUAAGCAACCAGCGAAUUUGCAGGAAGGACUCGCAAGAAGUGGGAAAGGAUUAGUGAUGGGCGUUUAUGACGGUGUUACUGGAGUUGUUAUGAAACCAAUAUCAGGUGCUAAGGAAGAAGGAGUCGAAGGAUUCUUUAAGGGCAUUGGCAAGGGUAUGGUUGGACUUGUGACGAGACCAACGGCUGGAGUUAUCGACUUCGCCAGUGGAUCGUUUGGAGCAGUGAGACGAGCAACGGAACUGAGUGAAGAAGUUAAACGCGUACGACCACCAAGAUUUUUACAGGCAGAUAGUCUUGUACGACCAUUCGUUCGCCAAGAAGCAGAGGGUCACAAAAUUCUACUUGAAGUGGAAAAAGGAAAAUAUGCAAACACGGACGUUUAUUUUUACCACAUGUAUAUUAAUAAGAACGUUCUUCUACUAACCGAUAAGCGAAUUUCCUUCAUUGAGCACUGUGAUCUCUUUGGGGGGUGGAAGGUGGAUUGGGCAUACACGUGGCAAGAAAUUGGCGACACUCCAAGAAUCGUUGAUAAAGGUGUUCAGAUCUCCAUUAAAGAUGCGCACAAAAAGAAAAAGUUGGGCGGCCUAUUUUCCGCGGCCGACCAAAUUAAGAUUAUAUUAAUUCCAGAUAGUAAUACGAAACAGUUAUUAUACAGUAAAAUACAAGAGCAACUUAAUCAACAUGGAUCCUAGUUUCUCUUUGAACUAUGCCAAUGACAUUUUUGAAAAUUAUAUGCGCUAAAUAGAACUUCUGGAAGCCAGAAUGAAUGUCGAAACGUACUUGCAUUGAGCUUUAAAGAAUCGCUUUGCACCGGGUGCAUGCACAGAUAAUUUACUAUAAUUACAAAUUUUUACUGCAAGACUGAUCUAUCGCGAUGACAACAAAGUUUGAAACUACGAAGUAAGGUAAUAAUUUCACGUCAAUCGGAUUCAGUUAUUAAUCCAAGUAAGGCACUUGCGGAUGCACAUGUGCAUAUCUGACAAAAGCUUUCGAAUAAAUACUUAUGUGAAGAGAAAAACAUUCGGCAACUCCAAUCUUCACAUUUUUACAUGACUGAGUCCAUGCCUGAAAAUGUGUACUUUCUUUUCGGCUGUUAAUGCCAAUAUUAUUUAUUCAAAUGUUGGCUUUUUGAACAAUUGAAAAUAUUCGGCAUGAAUUUGCUCCCGAAGUGCCUUAUUUGUAUUGAAAUUGAUAUCUUGUCCAUGGUAAGAAUCAGAUGAAGGAGAAUUAAAAUCUGUUAAAACCAUAUUUGCCACAUAGAAAUACGCAUAAAACGUAAGUGACAGUUUUGAAGUCUAGCUUGUUUAGGAUUAAUGAUUUAUUUAUAUUACUCGCCAAUCUAACUUUCGCAUGAAACAUUAUACGUAUAAUUUCCAGAAGAGAAAUGCACCCUCUGUAUCAUUAGAUUUUCACUUCAAUAUAUUUUGUAUAUUUUUGGUUUCCCGACAUUAUGUGUAAAUACUUGCUAGUACCUUUAAUUACCAGUAAUUAUAAAUGAUGAUUUGCUUUUUUAAGGAACUUGAAGAAUGUGUCAUUAAUCAUAUAAAGCGAUUAUUGAUUUAAUUUAAGUUCAAUUGUAAUGCUUUCCUGAUUAAUCGCCAUAAAUUUAAUGAACUGAAAACUAUUUGAACUGGUUUAUCUCUUAUACGUCAACUCUGUUAAGAACCACACAUUAUUACAUCCCUGGAUUUAAAUUCUGUCAGCUGUUUAUUUUCAAGGCUUCAACCAGAAAUACGAUCUGACAGUUUUUCUAUGGAUUUUCGUAAAGUUGCAGAAAUUUAACAAAGUUCAGUAACAUGACUGGAUCUGGUCAAAAUAUAAACCAGUUAUGAACAUUAUUUUAUUCUAGACUAUACUCUCUAUCUCUCUAUUAAUUUUUUCGCACUUGUCAUUGUUACCGAUUCGUUAACCUUAAAAAAUAUUUAUACAACUAUUGUAUUACUCAUAUUGUGAAAAAUGUAAUACUUAUGUAAAAAAUACAUGCAUUCAUCUAACAGAAGUGUUCCAAACAAUCCUUCACCUCCUUACGCAGAAUAUCGAGGACAAAUGGAUGAGCAACAAAAUGAGAGGUACAUAACAAUAGGGCCUCCACAAUUACCGCCUCUUGUGCGUGGUCAAAAAAUUAAAAG